UAUGAUGCGUAGGUCAGGACAUCUCUGCAGCACAGCAAUAUGUAGUUUAAAAUGUUUUUUUUGACAUUUUACCUUUUUAGCCUUAAAUAUUGCAACUAGACAAAUCAGUUACCGUAGUAUGUAAAGUAGUCACAGUGAGACAUCUACUGCCAGUAUUGCGCUGAUGACUGCUAAUUGAUUUCUCACCUUAUACACACACGAGAACACCUUCCUGGUUCACGUGCAGCUCCGUUUGCGCUCUGACUGAUUUUCUCGUGCACCACACGGGGGACGCAUGCUUUCUGAACGAGGCCCGGUGAAGCCUGGGACCCGCUUUGGCACGCUUCACAGUUAGAUAUCGGUCAGCGCGCCCUAAUAUAACCCCUCUGUUCCUGCGUCAGAGUGGGCCAGCGACGCCCAGGGGAAGAGAUGCAGGAUUGAUUUUUGGGGAAUUGAUUCGGCACUGGCACUACAUGGACUCUCUGGUGCAUUUGGGCAGGGUGAGAAAAAAAAAAAAAAGUUUCACUGUAGUUUGUGUGUUCUUGAUUUGCAAAAAAAAACAAAAACGUGAGAUCCAAUUGGUUCUGCUAAUUAGGGAAAGUUUCUAGAUGCGUCUCACUCAUCUCAAGGCUCUUCACUUGGGCCUAGUUUUCCAAAGGACUUCCUCUCUGGGUUGGAUAAAUGUACCAGCUAGUGUUUUACGCCCCUCCCCCUGGUGAUUAUGCCUCUGUUUGGAUCAAUAUAUAUAUAGCCUCUCUGUGUGUGUGUGUGUGUGUGUUUGACAUGGGAGGGAACGGCAGAGUACUUUAUGUACAGAAUAAAUAUUGAUACAAACCAAAGCAAGGGUCCAAUUGAUCUGUGUGGAACGGGAGCAGCGCUGGUCUGACUGCACACUGGAUGUGGAGGCUACUCUCUGAACUUGGUCCUCAGCAAAGUGACGGUCACAGCAAAGACUGAAGACGUUUCUCCCCCUCCCCCCCCCACCCCCACCCCUUGCUGGCGAGGACACUUGACCCCGUUUCUGUGGAUGAGCGGGGCUGCUCAUCUGGACCCGGGUGCUCUCGGAGGGGAAGGAAAGGUCAUGAAUCAGUGACUCUGGAGGAAAGGGGCCAAGGAAAGAACAGGGGGGAGGGACUUUGCAGGGCUAAUGUGUGACAGGAAGAGCUCCAGAAGGCAUGCAGGAAAGAGGGAGUCAUCCUCGCGCUCGAGUGAAUCGGGGUCACGCUCGGCAGAUGCUGCAGCACCACCAGAGGUACCCAUAGUCAUCCCGGAUGUGAAGGAGUUUCUUGCCAAAGCCAAAGAAGAUUUCCUAAAGAAAUGGGAGAAUCCAGCACAGCAAACUGCGGCGUUGGACCAAUUUGAGCGUUUGAAGACCUUAGGCACUGGUUCGUUCGGCCGAGUCAUGCUGGUCAAACACAAAGAGUCGGCCCAGCAUUUUGCCAUGAAAAUACUUGACAAACAGAAGGUAGUGAAGCUGAAGCAGAUAGAACACACGCUGAACGAGAAACGUAUCCUGCAAGCGGUCAGCUUUCCCUUUCUGGUGCGGCUGGAGCACUCUUUUAAGGACAACAGUAACCUGUAUAUGAUAAUGGAGUAUGUACCCGGCGGCGAAAUGUUCUCCCACUUAAGGAGAAUCGGUAGAUUCAGUGAACCACACGCCCGCUUCUACGCAGCCCAGAUUGUACUGACAUUUGAAUACCUUCACUCGCUGGAUCUCAUCUACCGAGAUCUGAAGCCAGAGAACCUGCUCAUCGACCAACAAGGUUACAUACAGGUAACAGAUUUUGGAUUCGCGAAAAGGGUGAAGGGCCGAACCUGGACGCUUUGUGGCACCCCGGAGUACCUGGCACCAGAGAUCAUCCUCAGUAAGGGUUACAAUAAAGCAGUGGACUGGUGGGCUCUGGGAGUGCUGAUAUACGAGAUGGCUGCUGGUUACCCCCCCUUCUUUGCUGACCAGCCUAUUCAGAUUUACGAGAAGAUUGUAUCAGGGAAGGUUCGCUUUCCCUCCCACUUCAGCUCCGACCUCAAGGAUCUGUUGAGAAAUUUGCUGCAGGUGGACCUGACCAAGCGCUUUGGCAACCUCAGGAACGGAGUCAACGACAUCAAGGGCCACAAGUGGUUCGCCACCACCGAUUGGAUCGCCAUCUACCAGAGGAAGGUGGAAGCUCCCUUUAUUCCUAAGUGCAAAGGCCCCGGUGAUACAAGCAACUUUGAUGACUACGAGGAAGAGGAAAUCAGAGUCUCCUUCACAGAGAAGUGUGCAAAGGAGUUUGCUGAGUUCUAGAUUCCCACCACGAGUAGCGGAGAGAAAGAGAGCGAGAGAGAGACGGGUUUAGAAAGUAAAAGGGGGUCGAGAGGAAGGAAGGAAGCGCUAGGGUGGACUGCUAACUUGCUUAUUUGUAAUGACGACAACAAUGUAAC